AUGCUCCCUGUCCUCCUGCUAGCUGGGUUGAUUCUGGCUCUGUCCAUCCCUGGCACCACGUCAGAGUCAGCCGUGCUGCGGUUCCUGGGGGAGACGGACUUUGUUGUCAACGAGAGCAGCACAGCGGUGGUCCGGCUGGUCAUUGAGAGAGUGGGGGACCCAGUCAAUGUGACAGCUUUGGUUCUGCCGGAGGGAAACUACACAGGAGACUUUGAUGGUGUUAGUGCUGCGGCCGUCCUGCUGUCUACUGAGUCCACUAAGACCGUCUUCAUUGCUGUGAGAGAUGAUGACUUGCCUGAAGCGGAUGAGACAUUUACUUUCAACCUCACACUGCAGAACUCCUCCAAUGGUGUGACAGUGGGAACACCAAACAAGGCAACCAUCACCAUCCUGUCAAAUGACAACGCCUUUGGAAUAAUUGCCUUCAACUCAACUGAAGAGAUCGUAGUUGAUGAACCCAGAGGACAGGACUAUUAUGUGCCUUUCACCCUAAUUAGAGAAAAGGGAACAUAUGGGACAGUGACCGUGAACUAUGAGAUCUCUGAAGGUCCCAACCCUGCUUUCAAGGAUCUCAGUCCAGACAGAGGAAACAUCACCAUCCCUGUUGGACAAGCUGUCGUUCACUUCAGCAUCCUCAUUAAAGAUGACCUGAUCCCAGAGGAUGACGAAGUGUUUUUAGUACGGCUGACGGGUGUGGCAGGUGGAGCCCUCCUCAGGCCCAAUGCCAGCAGCGUCCAGCUGAGAAUCCGGCGUAAUGACAGCCCGCUGCGGUUCCCCCACUCUACCAUGACAGUUCCAGAGUCUGCGGCUGUCAUUGCCCUCAACGUGACCCGUGGCCGAUUGCACGAGGAUGGGCCGCUCAUCGGCUCUGUUGACACUGAGGUUUCUAUAGAUUACAUGGUGAAGAAGUGUGACGAUUUGGUCAGCGCCACGCCAGCGGUGGAUUUCCUCGACCUGCAGCCUGUCAGAACAGUUACAUUCCCUCCGUUUGUCUACAAAGCCAGCCUGUUGUUCAACAUCAGUGACGAUGACAUGCCAGAACUUGCAGAAUCCUUCUGCGUGGUCCUUGUGGAGACAACCAUCAGAGGAGACGCUGUGCUCGUAUCACACAAGGCUAUGCAGGUGACCAUCGAGCCGAAUGAUGAACCUCAUGGCGUCCUGUCAAUUAGCGCGCUCAUUCAGCCGAUCACCAUCAAUGAAGAUCUGACACAGAGAUUUGAUGGCAUCAUCAUUGUAAGAAAUGGAGGCAGCUAUGGCGCAGUGUCUGCAAACUGGUCCAUCAGCAGAAACUCCAGCGAUCAAUCGCCGGUGUCAGACGACUUGAGGCCAGAAGAAGGGACAGUGAGAUUUGCUGACGGACAGGUGACUGCAGUGGUUCCAAUAAGCAUCGAGGCAGAUGAUCAACCAGAAGAAGCAGAGGCGUUUCUUCUCAAACUGCUGCCCAGUACUGUAGAUGGAGGUGUGAAGGUUGACGAACCCAUGGAGAUGGUGUUCUACAUCCAGGACAGCGAUGAUGUCUAUGGGCUGUUUCGGUUUGACCCAGCCAAAGAGCAGAGCAUCCAGAGUCAACCUGAGGGCCGUUUCAUAUCGCUAAAUUUUCUGCGAGAUGGUGGUACGCUGGGUAACGUCUCUAUGACUCUCACGGCCCUCUACAUUCCUGCAGGUCCAGUAGACCCAGCACUGGCCCGUGACCAGGUUCUGAAUGUUAGCAGGUCUAUUAAUGUUGUGUUUUCCCAUGAGCCGAUGGUCCAUGUCACACUGCCAAUCAGGAACGAUGCCUUUCUGCAGAAUGGAGCUCAUUUCUUAAUACAGUUGAAUGCACUUGAGCUGAUUGAUAUCAGUCCCUCAAUUCCCUCAAACAGCCCAAGGUUCGGGGGACCGCUAACCCUGACUUUGACCGUCACCCCCGACAUUGCUAAUGGAGAGAUCGGCUUUACAAGUAACAGCACAGUGGUGGUUUAUGAACCAGAGGACAGCAAUACCAGCAUGGUGAGCCUUCCUCUGCGGCGCGAUGGGACAGACGGUCGGGCUGUCGUGUUCUGGAGUCUUCAGCCAACUGGAGCCAAUCGUGAGGAUGUAACGGCUAAUGACCUGCAGCCUUUCAAUGGCUCUGUCGUCUUCCUCUCCGGGCAGAGCGAUGCCUUCAUCAAUCUCACGAUCAUGGCUGACAAUAUCCCAGAAGUCAACGAGACCUUGCUGCUCACCCUGGAUAGGAGUAAUGUUGAGAAUCAGAUCCUGAAAGCCGGCUUCACCAGCAGGGAGAUUAUCAUCAUGGAAAACGAUGAUCCAGGAGGAGUCUUUGAGUUCUCCCCAUUCUCCAGAGGUCCAUGGGUUAUUAACGAGGGUGAGGCCGUGGAGCUACAUGUGGUCAGAGCACAGGGACAACUUCUGAAACAGCUGGUACGAUAUGUUGUGAUGCCUUCAGGCAGCAGUGAAUUCUAUGGCGCAAUAGGCAUCCUGGAGUUUAGACCGGGAGAGCGGGAGGUGGUGGUGGCUCUGGUGGCAAGGCCUGAUGGAGUGCCUGAGCUGGACGAGACUUUCUCUAUGGUACUUAGUAGCCACAGCACUCCACCCAGUCGUCUAGGCAACCACAGAGAGGUCAACAUCACAGUGCGGAAGAACGACGACCCCUUUGGGGUCAUUGAGUUCAUCCAAUCAGGACUGACGGUGGCCAUCAAUGAGAGCAAAGGCAGCGCGAUGCACCAGGCUGUAUACCCUGUAGUGAGGAACAGGGGUCACUUUGAAGAAGUGUCUGUUUCAUGGGUCUUGGAGCCGUUCAUGUCCGGAGAUGUCAGGCCCCUCCAGGGAAACAUCACCUUCAAGGAGGGGGAGUACCUGAAGAACCUGACUCUCUUCUCUGUACCUGAUGAGAUCCCAGAAGAAAUGGAAAAUUUCACCAUCACACUAUUAAAUGCAACAGGUGGAGCAAGACUGGGAGAUAAACGCAAUGCUAAUUUACUGAUUAAUAGGAAUGAUGACCCCAUUUACUUUUCUGAACCUGCUAUUGUGCGACUUCAAGAAGGUGGGGUGGCCAACUUUACCAUUCUGAGGGCCGGGCGAGCAGACUUUGUGGCCACAGUGAUGUACCGAGUGGAGUACGGUGACGCAUCACCAGAUGACCUGACCCUGCUGAGUAACGACACAAUGCUGGUGUAUGAUGUGGGUGAAUGGAUGAAGAACAUCUCUGUGGCUGUUGAAGAUGACAACAUACCGGAGACUGAUGAACCGUUUUACAUCGUUCUCUACAAUGCCACAGGUGAUGCUGUUGUGUAUGGAGCAGACACCGCUACUGUGGUGAUCGAGGCCAAUGACGAUGCCAAUGGGAUUUUCUCCUUGGAAUUUGUAGAAAAACCUGUUGAGGAGGGCAAGACCAAUGAUUUUGUUGUACUACGUGCAAGGGGCCAUUUUGGCAAUGUUACAGUCUUCUGGCAGCUGUUUGCUAAUGACUCAGUGACGCCUCUGGAAGAAAACCAGGAGUUUACACACACAAAUGGCUCCAUCACGUUCAUUACAGGUGAAGAAACCAAGCCUAUUGUCCUGGAGGCCAUCGCAGAUACAUUUCCAGAGUUCAAUGAGUUCUUCGUCCUCAGGCUGGUAAAUAUCUCAGGUGGUUUCCCUGGAGAGGGCGGAAGAUUGGCCAACACCUCUCUGAACGCUUCAGUUCUCAUCCCUUUCAAUGACGACCCGUUUGGUGUCUUCGCCAUCGCUGACAGCAACCUGGACCAAGAAGUAGCUGAAGACGUACUCUCUGAAGAUGAUAUGGCUGAUGUUACCUCCUUCACCAUCCUCCGACAGCAGGGUGCUUUCGGUGAGGUGCGCGUUGGCUGGGAGAUCGUUUCUGGACACUUCCCACAAGGCCUUCCUCUGAUGGAUGACCUGCUCCUUCAAGCUUCCUUUCCAGAUGAGGUUGAGCUCAAGCCUUAUGCUAGGAGACACCACUCAGCCACAGACACGUGGUUUUUCUCUGGGCUUCCAGGAGCUUAUGGGACCAUCUCCCCUGACGAUGGGCCUGCUGCCAUUGGCAACUUCACCUUCUCUGCUUGGCUGGUACCCAGACCAGAUACCGAUGGCUUCAUAGUGUCCAAAGGAACCAGAAAUGGGAGCUUGUAUUAUGGAGUGAAGGUCCACACCAAUGAGUCUCAUGUGACUGUGAUGUUGUACUAUACAGUGACAGGUUCAAACAAUACCCAAGUGGCCCGGGCUACUGCUGAGAAGUUUUUGGAAGAAAACACGUGGCUACACAUAAUUAUUACAGUUGAUGAUGGGAUUAUUGAGUUCUUCUUGGAUGGGAGUCCUAUUCCUGGGGGAGUGAAGAGCAUCAAAGGAGAAGGCAUCCAGGAUGGACCUGCUACAGUGUUUAUUGGAUCAAAUCUUGAGGGUGAGGAGCGCUACACUGGCCUUCUCCAGGACGUUCGCUUGUACCACAUCAGGCUGAACCGCAGCCACAUCCACGAGCUCCACACUCAGCCUCCUAAAACAGACCUGCGCAACAUCUCGGGUUACCUGCGUUACCGGCAAGACGAGAGGCAGAAGUCGUUUGUGGUGGAGGUCAGGGAUGAUAAUGAGGAAGAGGGAGAGGAGGUGUUCUACCUACAGCUGGUGGCAGUGCGUGGUGGAGCACGCCUCCCCCUGCCCAGACCCACCGCUAUUUUGCGAGUCAUGAAGAGCGACAAUGCCAACGGGCUGUUUGGAUUCACUGGUGCCUGCAUACCUGAUACCACUGAAGAAGGCUCCACUAUCUCAUGUGUGAUUGAGCGUAUGCGGGGAUCUCUGGACCAUGUUUAUGUCAACUACACUGUUAACCAAACAGACAGCUUGGACAGUGACGUGCCGGCCCCUGAAGAUUUCGUUAACGCAACUGGAGCUGUGCUGUUCAUGCCUGGACAGCGCUCCGAGGUGCUGAACCUACUGGUGUUGGAUGAUAACCUCCCAGAGCUAGCAGAGUCCUUUCAGAUCACACUGGUGUCAGCAGAGUCCGGUGACGGCAAGCCAGGCUCCACUCCCACCAGCGGAGCAAGCAUCGACCCCAACAACUCUGUUAACACCGUCACUGUCACAGCUAGCGACCAUCCCUAUGGCCUGCUACAGUUUCAGCCCAGUCCUCCAGAGGAUGGUUUGAUCUCUCCAGCAUUAGAACCAGCCCACAUCACUGUUAACGAGGAAGAUGGUCAGAUCCGUCUGCUAGUAGCUAGAGCGCAAGGCCUGGAGGGAAGGAUUAUGGUAGGGUACAGGACAACCCCCUUCACAGCAUCCAGCCCCGAAGACUACGAGGACUCAGAGGGCAUGUUGGACUUUCUUCCAAGGGAGAGGUUAAAGUUCAUCAAUGUAACCAUUGUAGACAAUCCUGUCCCUGAGCUAGACAAGAUGUUUAGAGUGGAGCUCUACAAUGCUGAUGGGGGAGUGGAACACUUUCUUCAUAGUGAAGGGAGUGGUAGUGGGGAGAGUGACUUUGACUUCCUCCUUCCAUCCUAUCACCACCAUGCCAGCUUGGGAGUUGCCUCCCGCAUCACAGUGACCAUCGCUGCAUCUGAUGACGCUCAUGGAGUCUUUCAGUUCAGUCCUGAAUCCCUGUCUGUUAAUGGAACAGAACCUGAGGAUGGAUAUGACUCAGUGGUCCUGCAGGUGGAUCGUUCCUUUGGUGACCUCUCCAAUGUAACUGUGUACUGGGAAGUUGAUCCAAGCUCUGAGGGGGAGCUCCUCAGCAGAUCUGGAAACAUCAGCUUUGGUGUAGGUCAGACAGCGGAGAACAUCAUCAUCAAUGUGGCCCAGGAUGAGAUCCCUGAGUUGGACAAGAGUUUCAUUGUGUCCUUGGUUAACAUCUCACACGGUCGUCUGGGUGACAAGACAUCUGCCACUCUGACUGUACUCGCCAGCGAUGAUCCUUAUGGUGUUUUUGUAUUUGCGAAUGCAACAAGAUCUGUUCGACUUCCUGAAGCAGACUCAACUGUCUCUCUGACCAUCCUGCGACAGAGAGGCCUGAUGGGUCAGGUGCGAGUUACGUAUGGGACACUAAAGGAGACUGAUCCAGCGCCUUACAGGACUCCUGGGGUGGGCAGAGCAACCGAGGAGCGGGAUUUCGUUUCCCUCCUCAAUUCUGUUGUGUUCUUAGCCAAUCAAAGUGAAGCAAACAUCACCCUUAGAGUGCUGGACGACGAGGAUCCAGAAAGAGAUGAGUCAGUGUUUGUGAAGCUGAUCCGCGCUCAGCUCAUUCAAGGAGAGCAGGAGAGGCUCAUUUCCAAUUCCCCUUCUCUGGGCUCCAGGACUGACAUUGUAGCCCAGGUGAUAGUAGAGGCCAGCGAUGAUGCUUUUGGAGUCCUUCAGCUGUCGGCUUCAGCUGUCAGUGUAGCUGAACACUACGUGGGUCCCAUAAUAAAUGUUACACGUGUAGGAGGGAUUUUUGCCGAUGUAUCCGUCAAAUUCAGAGCAGUGCCUUUGACUGCCAGAGUCAGUGAAGACUACAGCGUAGCCUCAACUGAUGUGGUCCUCCUGGAGGGGGAGUCCAGCAAAUCUGUACCCAUCUAUGUCAUCAAUGACGUGGUCCCUGAGCUGGAGGAGACCUUUCGCAUUGAGCUGAUCAACCAAACUACAGGAGGAGCUCUCCUGGGGGAGCUCACACGUGCCAUCAUCACCAUACUGCCUUCCGAUGACCCUUUUGGUGCCUUUGGCUUCCAGGCUGUUCCAGUCACAAUAGAGGAGCCAGGAUCUAAUUCUAUCGAGGUCACACUACCUAUUGUGCGUAAUGCCGGUACUAUUGGCACAGUGGCCGUCCAAUGGCAGGCCACUGUCAAUGGUAAGCUAGCAGUGGGGGACAUCAGACCCACAUCUGGAGAAGUGAAAUUUGCACCUGGAGAGACCAUGAAGACACUGAGAGUCGAGAUUUUAGCCGAUGAUGUACCUGAAAUCACUGAGGUAAUAAAAGUGGAGCUAACUGGUGCCAGUAAUGGAGGAAACUUGGGAGCUGAUACAUCUGUUGACAUAAUAGUGCCUGCCAAUGAUAACCCACACGGGACAGUCUACUUUGAACAGUCUGCUUACCGUGUCCAGGAGCCACUGGAGGGAGUUUAUCUAGCGAAUAUUACUGUCCGCAGGAGAGGGGGUCACUUUGGUCGCUUGGAGAUCACGUACAGCACCUCUGAGAUUGACAUUGUUGGCUUGGCUCAGGCUGAUGACCAGAACCUGUUGAUGUACUAUAACCUUCCAAAACCAGGUGUUCCUGCCACUGGCCCCAUUAUUACAGUUAACAUCACUGGGAAGGGAGAACCCCUGACUGCAUGCGCUGCUGCUUGUCUGAGGGAGCGUGCCUGCCAGGCCUUCUCCCUGUCAUCAGGCGUCAACCCACCGUCCUGCACUUGGGUGACCUCAGCGGCUGAUCAGCUGACCUCUGAAUCUCAGGUUAUGACGUAUGUAAAAAACGGCACUGCAGCUGCAGUCUUGUUCAGUGCCCAGGCCGUGGCAGGGAGUGAUUACACCCCUGUGACGGCUCAAAGUGCCUUCAUGGAUGAUAGAUCGGGGGCUGCCAACCUCACUGUCCCAAUUUUGACUGAUGAAUUCCCUGAAAUGGAUGAGAGCUUCUCCAUACAGAUAUUAAAGGUAGAGCUGAUAAAUUUGACCGUGCCUCAGAAGAACCUGCCUUCAAUCGGUCAGCCGGACAAAGCUGUUGUCACUAUUGGGGUGAAUGGAGAUGCAUUUGGCAUCUUUUUGAUCUACAGCCUCAGUCCCAAUGCUACAAAUGAGGGCCUUUAUCUAGAGGUUCGAGAAGAGCCUACGGUUGUGGUGCCCCUGGUUAUAGAGAGAAGAGGAGGGAAUCUGGGAACUGUAACUGUAGAAUGGAGAGUUGUUGGAGGAAUGGCCACACCAAAUGCUGACUUUACCGGAGUAGGAGGAACUCUGGUUUUUGAUGGUGAUCUGAAGAAGACAAUAGAGAUAGCAAUCAGAGAUGACACUGAACCAGAAGACAACGAGAGCCUCAUGAUUGCUCUUGUUAAUACAGAAGGAGGAAGUCGAAUCCUUCCCAGCUCGGACACUGUAACCAUAGUGAUAUUGGCUAACGAUAAUGUGGCUGGGAUUAUUGGAUUCCAUUCAGCCUCACGCUCUGUCAUCGCCAGAGAAGGUGAGAGACUGUCCUUAUUAGUGCUGAGGUCAGCUCCAGGUCUGGGUAAUGUCACUGUGGACUGGACUAUACAAGGACCUCUUGUACAUCGGACCUUCACCCAAACCUCAGGGACACUUUUCUUUACUGAGGGAAAACUAAAUGAAACCAUAGUCGUGGAGCUUCUUGAUGAUGCCACACCAGAGGACAAAGAUGAAUACAAAGUGUCCUUGUCCAAAAUACAAACUUUUGGUGUUGUGGUGACAGGCCAUGCUGCCCUGGAUGUUCAAAGCAGUGAGGCGGUGCUGACUGUGGACACCAGCGAUGAGCCCUAUGGACUACUGACAAUCGCCCAGUCAUCUCGUGUGGUGAUCACAGAUGAACGGGACCAAACUAUAAACAUCUACGUGAACAGAGAGUUUGGGGCCUCCGGAGCGGUGAAUAUCACCUAUGAGGUUAUACGAGGUUCUUUGCAAAACCUGUCCCAGGUCGAGGGUAAUCUUGCUGAGCCAGGACAAGACUUCAUCUCUGGCACUGGUUCUGUGAUCCUUCAGGAUGGACAGACUUCAGUUGCCAUCCCUGUCACCAUACUAGAGGACGACAUGCCAGAGUUGCAGGAGUUCUUCCUUGUCAACAUAACAUCAGCAGUGCUCAUCACGACUCUUGCCACUGUUCCCCAACUAGACACCCAAGGUUUGAUGGCAGAAGUCAUCAUUGGUGCAAAUGAUGGAAUUAGAGGGGUCAUUGAAUGGACAAACACCAUGUUUGAAGUGAAUGAAACAAUAGGGGUGCUGACUCUAGUGGCCUACAGGAGCAAAGGGACAUAUGGAAACGUCUCUCUUCUCUUCUCUGCUCAAAACCUGGAAGCUCAACAGGGGCUGGACUACAAUACCACAGAAACGAGACUCCAUUUUGUUGACGGUGAGAGGCAUAAGUUUAUAGAAGUGCAGAUAGCGGAUGACAUCGUUCCAGAGGGAGCUGAGAGGUUCAAGCUCAUCCUGUCCGAGCCUUCUCCUGGGCUGGAGCUGGGCGCCAGUGCCACUGCAACUGUGACUAUCCUGGCCAGUGAUGAUGGACAUGGUGUGAUUUCCUUCAACACCAGUGAGCAUUUCCUCUUGAGAGAGCCCACCUCUGCGUCAGGGCCCGGUGAGAGCAUGGCCAACCUCUAUGUGGUUCGGAACCCAGAAGAAGGCACAUUCGGCACCGUAUCAGUUCAGUUUACUAUCACUGAUGCACACGGCAACCUAGCGGAGGGCGAUCUGAUGCCACCACAAGGGUUUGUGGUCCUGGAGGAUGGAGUCAGAUUUAAGAUGCUGGAGAUCAGAGCAAUACUUGAUGCUGAACCGGAAGCAAAUGAAACCUUCACAGUGGUCCUGUCCAACCCAACAGGAGGUGCAAGGCUGGGCGACCAACUGGAAACUCUCAUCACCAUCCUGGAGAACAAAGCUCCUUCUGGCUUGUUUCGAAUUGAACCUACUCUCAACAGAACUAGCACAGAAAUCGUUGCUGAUGAAGGAGGCAGUGCAGUUUUCCUCACAGUAUCCCGCAGCAAUGGUCUGGAGUCGGCCGUCAGUGUGGAAUGGGAGAUGCAGUCUGACACAGCUGUGGCCUCUGAGGGUCCCCUCCCCGUCAUGGGUGUGUAUCAGAGUUUUGUGGAUAAUCCCACCUCUGCUUGGUGCUCCCUUCCAGAAGGGCCUUCUUCUUUGGCUAUGAGACUGGAUAGGAGACCCGUUGUUGGAUCCUCCCACACCUUGGCCACUCUGUAUCGGUGGCAGGGUGUGUUUAUGCCAGUAGAGUCUGCGAGGAUUCAGGACCCAGGAUCGUGUGUUGGGUUUGCAGUGAAUGGUUCCACCUACAUAGGCAUUACACAUAGUGGCCCUCCCUUCUUACCUGCUGCCAACCUCAGCAUCUUCAAACUGCAGAAGGACCUCAAUAUCACAUUGCGACAAACUUUAGGUGUGGAAGCUCUGGAUGUCAAACACUUCUCCACUGAAGGCAGAGAUUAUCUGAUAGCAUCAAGCCAGAUUUUUGUUUGGACUGGAGGCUCCUUCACACUCCUGCAGACUCUUGACUUCGAACAGGGCGUCCUCAGUGUAACUCCAUUCACUCGUGCAGAUGUUCCCUAUCUGUUGGCGUGCAUAGACAGACAGACUGAAAGUUGCUCCCUGCUUCAGUGGACCAAUGGAAGAUUUCAGAAUCUGCAGCCCCUCCAGCUCACCGGGAGAGCCAGUCAGGUGGAGACAAUAAACACAAGAACAGAGGACACUCUCCUGUUGGUUUCUAUUGAAGGUCUCUCUCCGUCCUGUGAGGUGUUUCAGUGGAGCCCAGGGCAGCCUUCACCACAACACUAUCAGUCCAUUCCUCACCCAGGCCUCACCUCCAUUCACUCCUUCAACGCUCCAUCCGGGAUCACUUAUGUCCUGCUAGCUGGAAGAAAUGGUUCCUCACUCUACUCCUGGAGGCCUGAUGUCAGCCUCUUCACUAUGAUCCUGAGGGCUCCUCAAGCUGUUAGCUUCAUCUCUCUGCUGGUCCAAUCCCUUAAUACCACCAAGAUCCUCUUGGCUGCUACUGAGGAGAAUAGCUCCACUGUUUAUGAAUUCACUUCUGUCUCCAAUCAGUCAGAUUUCAUUCCCAGUUUUGGAGAGUUGCACUUUGCACCAGGUGACAGUGAGCUGGAGAUAGCAGUGAACAUCAUAGACGAUGACAUCCCUGAGGUGCAGGAGCACUUCCAGGUUCGGCUAAAGAAUCCGAAGGGAGGAGCUGAGAUUGGAUUUGGUGGUCAGGUGACAGUGUUUGUCCCAACCAAUGAUGAUGCCCAUGGAGUCAUCGGCUUUGCUCAGAGUUCCCUGUCUAUGGAAGUAGAGGAGUUGGAGCAAGAUAAUCAGAUUUCUUUCAGUGUUGAGAGAAGAAGAGGGAGUUUUGGCAGACUGAAUGUACACUGGGCUGCUAAUGGAAGUGUGGCAGACAUUUACCCCACUUCAGGAGUGGUGACGUUUUUAGAAGGCCAAACGUUAGCCAUCAUCAAAUUGGCUGUGAUAGCAGAUGGUGUCCCAGAGCUGAAAGAGAGCGUCACGAUCACCCUACUGGAUGUCAACACUGUGGGGCUUCAGGACCUGCGACAGGCUGCAGUCAUUGACAAGCUGCUUUCACAAGCACUACUCACCAUCUUACCAAAUGGUUCUCCCUAUGGGGUGAUUGGAUGGCAUCUGGACUCCCAGUUUACACGAACACAGGAACCACAGAGAACUCCAGUCAAUGUGACUCUGUCCAUAGUAAGAGAACAGGGCUCCUCAGGUGAGGUGGUAAUCUACUAUGAGACCCGGCCAGCCCUGUACGAGCCCCCAUCCAACCAGGCCGUAGCAGGAAAAGACUAUUUGGCUAAAGACAACAGCAUCAUUAUGAUAAAUGGUGCUACAGUGGCUCUGGUCACUGUCACAAUCCUACCGGAUGAUAUCCCAGAGCUGGCAGAGAGUUUCUUGGUAAAUAUCACCAGAGUGGAGCUGGUCAGAGGGUCGGUUGGAGCAGGGCAGCCCAGCGUGAAGAGGCCUGGAAUGGAAGUGGCAGAGAUCACCAUCGAGGAGAACGAUGAUCCCCGAGGGAUUCUGCAGUUCAAUGUUUCGGAGGAUAUCCCUGGCAGUGUGCUGGCCUAUGAGAUCCCACCACCAGACAACGUUGCAUAUCUGUCAGUGGUGCGACUCGCUGGUACCACUGGAAGGCUGGUCGUCUACUGGGAGGCUCAGCCAGUCACUGCUGAUCUCAGUGACUUCAGCCCCACAUCUGGAAAUAUCACCUUCCAAGAUGGCCAGAGAGAAGCCACUAUUGCCAUCACCAUCUUUGAUGAUGAACAAGUGGAGAUUUCUGAGACCUUCAGACUGAAUCUGCUACGUGUGAUCGGUGGUGCUCGACUUGGACAAGUGACCUCCGUAACCGUCAGUAUUCCAGCCAAUGACUCACCUCUCGGACGAUUUGGAUUUCAGGAUCUGGAGGUUACAGUCAGUGAACCAGAGUUUGCGGAUGACCCUGCUGCCGUGGCAACACUAGCAGUACUCCGUAGUGCUGGAGGUGAAGGUGCAGUGACACUGGUGUGGCAACUGGAAGACGAGGCUGCAGAUGACCUCUCACCUUUCAAUGGGACUCUUGUCUUCACUGAGACUGAGUCUAUGAAGUCAUUUGUGAUUCAAGCCCUCGCUGACACUGCACUGGAAGGAAACGAGCAUUUCACUGUACGCUUGUUACCUGCUGUUGGGAGUGGUGCAGUCAUCGACCCUUUAAGUGGCCUGGUCACCAUCACCAUCAGAGCAGAUAAGGCCGCCCUAGGUGUUGUUGGAAUAGCAGAGUCCUCCAAGAACCUUCUCAUUGGAGAACCUCAAGGAGAUUACAGUGGGAGUGUCAUAGUCAGCCUUGUGCGAGGGCCAGGUGUGUUUGGAGAAGUCCGGGUGAACUGGAGCAUCACUCCAGCUGUGGUUUCUGAGUUUGAAGCGAUCUCCGGCUCUGUGACUAUGACAGAUGGACAGUCUGCUGCCACCAUUACUCUGAAGGUCUUGGAUGAUGAACUUCCAGAGGAGCGACGUGAGUACCAGCUUACACUGACGUCUGCUACCUCAGGACUUGAAAUAAGCCCCAUAGCCAGCCGUGCCAGGAUCAUCAUGGCAGCUAGCGACAACCCGCAUGGACUUUUCUCUUUCACCCAGCUCCAGCUCAGGGCAACAGAGGAGGAGGGAACGGUGAAUGUGACAAUUAAUCGCUCCUCUGGCAGUCUGGGUAGCGUGUGGGUGACCUAUGAGACGUCGGGCAACACAGCGAUCAGUGGGCUGGACUUUGCUCCAGCUUCAGGACGAAUACGGUUUAGCCCGGGCCAGACAUCACAACAAGUCAUACUGCGCAUCCUGGACGACAGUCUCCCAGAGAUGCCUGAGAUGUUUUUCAUCAACAUCACUGAAGUGCAGCUUGUCAAUAUGAGUGGUGUGGACUACACAGUGAGAGAAUCAGGCCUCCAACUGGACCAGCCUCCAGCUAUAGGCAACAUCUCGUCUCUUGCUGUGGUCAUACUGAAGAAUGACAAUGCUGAGGGUAUUCUGGAGUUCAGGCAGGACUAUGUUAACAUUACAGUUGAGGAGGAUGUGGGCACUGUAUUGAUCCCAGUUGUGAGGAGAGUGGGCUCAUAUGGACUGGUCUCAGCACAGUUCAUUUCUAGAGGCUUGAGUGCAACCCCUGAUCUUGACUACAUCCUGUAUAAUGGCUCAGUGACAUUUGUGCAUGGGCAGAACACCAGCUAUAUUAAUGUCACUAUUGUAGAUGACCUGGACAGUGAAUAUGCAGAGAUAUUUGAGGUGCUGCUGGUUGGAGCUACAGGGGGAGCAGUGCUCGGCUCCCAACAUGUUUCAAGAGUAACCAUCGGCAAGAGCGACUCUCCCAGUGGGUUGGUCCGCUUCCUGAACGAGAGCAUAAUCACUGUAGCCAACCCUAACUCUACUCUGAAACUCAAUUUUGUCUUGGAGAGAGCAGGAGGCCUUGUGGGCAAUGCAACGGUUGCUUGGAUUGUCCGUGGCCCUAACAGCAGAGAAAUCCUUCCUCCAUUCAACACCGACAUUAAAGGGCCCGUGAACGGGUCCUUCUUCUUUAUAGAUGGAGAGGAAGGUACACGCAACAUAGAGCUGCGGAUUCUCCCUCACGGCGAAGUGGAGGUGGAAGAGACAUUUGUUAUAGAGCUCAGUAUUCUGUCUGGAGAGAUGGAUGUUGAUCCUCAGGCUGGCUCCGUAACACUGAAGAUAGAGAAGUUUGGUGACCCAAACGGUAUAGUCCAGUUUACGGAGGAUGCCCUUCGAGAGCGUGUUUACAAUGAAUCCACAGAAACAGAGGGCCCAUUCAACAUUUCCCUGCUGGUUACACGCAGAGAGGGAGUUAUGGGUAACAUCACGGUGCACUGGCAGAUACAGAGUGACUCAGAUAUAUCGGGUGACUUCCUGGCCUUAGCUGGCUCGGUGGUGAUUCUGGAAGGCCAAAGGGAGGCAGAAAUUGUCCUCAGCUUGAUGCCUGAUACAGUGCCAGAGCUGGAGGAGCUCUACAUUCUCCGACUCACAGCUGUGGAGGGUGGUGCUACUCUGGACGCCAACCCAAACCUUAUAAGAACCCACAUCAGGGUACCUGCUAACGAUGAGCCUCACGGUGUCUUCUCGCUGAACCCUGAGCAGCAGUCUGUAGUGAUAGUGGAUUCAGGGUCUGAGGUCACCAGAGCUCUGGUUAUGAAUGUGACGCGGCUUGCUGGGCUGUUUGGCAAUGCCAGUGUGGGCUACAGGAUCAGAGGCCGGAUAGAUGAAGUGAUGGACAUCGGGGAGGUCCUGGGGGGACAAGCUGAGGGAAGGUUGCUCUUUAGAGAAGGACAGAGCUUCAGUUCAAUCACUGUGCCCAUCAGCAGCCAGGUGUUUUUGUCAGUGGGUGCAGGCUUCACAGCAGAGCUCACUGAUGUUAGACUAGUCAGUGCUAUCCUUGGCUCUCCGCCUCGCCUCCUUCGUGAGGCCAGCGCUGCUACACUGACUGUACCUGAAGAAGCUGCCAGCUCAGAGGUUGGCUUUGCCUCACUGGCUCUGCGAGUUUCAAGUAUACAAACGGGGACAUGUGAGGCAAAGGUGACGCGAACAGGGCUGUUUGGGGACAUCAGGGUGGAGUGGAAAGCCGGAUAUCCUUCUGGACAGACUCUGCCUGGCUUUGGAAAUGGGGUCAUUAUCCCAAACUCAGGCUCACUGAUCCUGGCCCAUGGAGAGAGGACUAAAGCCAUAUCUCUUACAGCUGUUGCUGAUACAUUAGAGCCAGCUUCUUAUGCUAUACACCUCACUGCUGCCACCUCCAGCACCGCUGCAACCGGUGCUGUCAAGUUCAGGUCAGGCUUCACCGUUGCAGAAGUGGAGCCACUGGGGAUCUACCAGUUUGCCCCUGAAUCCCGCCAGCUAGUUAUUGCAGAGGAAAUCCAGACAAUAAAACUUUAUGUUCAGAGACUUUAUGGUUUUCGAAGCAAUACCACCAGACUGUCCUAUGCAACGGUAGCGGGCAGUGCAGCAGCAGGAGAGGACUUUUUUGCAGUGCCAGAUGGCCUUUUGGUCUUUAACUCACCUCACCAAAUGAACACUACGUUCAGCCUUUUAAUACGUGACGACACCCUUUCAGAGCCUGAUGAGUACUUUCACGUCAACCUAACAGAUGUACAGGCCAUUUCUCCAGACUUAGCUUGGGCAGAUGCUUUACCUCGUCUCAACCCGCAGCAUAGCGUGGCCACUGUCACCAUCCUGGCUAGUGAUGUGACCGGUGGAGUUCUGAGUAUUGGACCUGGACUGGUCCAAGUACCAGAGGACAGAGAUGAGGGAACCCAGCAAGAACGGAGGGUGGUUCUGAGGGUGCGCAGGUCUGACAGUAAUGCUGGGGCUGUGAGGGUCCGGGUCCAAGCAUAUGGAGAUGGAAGCACAACAACCCCUCCCUUCAUUCUGGAACCUGCUGGGAUGCUUGCAAAGGAGGAGCAGGACUUCCGCUUGGAGUCCAAUAUAGUGUCGCUGCAGGCUGGUGAGAAUGAGACAGAGGUCAUCCUCCUCAUCCUGGAUGACUCAGAGCCCGAGGGACAGGAAGUAUUCUUCAUCUACCUCAGUGAUCCAGAAGGUGGAGCGCAAAUCACAGACAGUCCACACCAGGGCUUUGGACCUUUUGCCAAAAUCACUAUCCUUGGGAGUGACCUCCAUAAUGGUAUUGUAGGGUUUCGUCCUAAUUCUCUGAUUGGCCAAGUUCUGGAUGAGGAUUCAGAGAACAGAACUGCUUUGCUCUACCUGCAGAGACAGAAAAACAGAGCAUUUGAGGAUUUGCAGGUUUUCUGGAGAGCUACCUUCAGCAAGGCAGCUCUAAGUCUUGUCAAUAAUGGAGUUAACCUAACCACACAGCUGGUACAGACCUCAGGAACAGCGACCUGCAGGAGAGGAGAGAUAAUCUGUGCUCUCACUCUGGAGGUCCAGGAAGAUGAGGAACCAGAGUACCAGGCUUGGUUCCUAGUGGAGAUUUAUCAGGUGGGUGCUGGAGCUGCCAUUAAUGAGACCACUCGUUUUGCCAACAUCACCUUGGCAGAGAGCGACAACCCACAAGGCCUUGUGUACUUUGCCGUGGGACACAGAUUGCCCAUUGCCACCCUGAUGACCACAAGGCUCAGCCUCCAGGUCUACAGACGAGCGAGCACAGCUUCAGUCAUGUCUGUCCGAUAUCGCACUUUGGAGCUUCUCAGGGAAGAAAUGGUGGGUCCCUCCAUAAUCUGGCCUGCUAAAACAGGGAUGGACUUUCCUAAACAGGAAGGCCAACUAACCUUUGAUGUGGGUCAUCGUAACACAUCGUUGGACAUUUACCUGACACCUGACCUCGCCUCAUCCUUACCCACACCCAAGCGCUUUCAGGUGGAGCUGUAUAGUCCCACAGGGGGCGCUGCAGUGCACUCUCAGUUUGGGCUGGCUAAUGUGACUCUGGUGUCAAAUGCAGCCAGUGAAGCUGUGUGGGUCUUACUGGAACAAUUACAUCAGCCACUUGACCCAACUAUAGUGAACCAGGUGCUGCAAAGACUGAUGAAUGCGGUCACUACAACUCUCACUCGUGAGCAGAUGAUCGCUGUGCAUGAAGCUCUUGGCAAGGUGCUCUCAGAGGCAGAGAGGGCGCCUUUACAGGAAAGCAGCCGGAAUUUAACCUACAACCUAUUGUGUGCCUUGGCCAAUCCCAACCGAAUCGACACUCGGGGCCUCAGCCACCUCGCUGAAGUGGCUGAGAGAUUUGCCUUCUCCCUCCUCACGCGAAGCCAAUGUGAGAUAAAGGACGUGAUCCUGAAAACAUGUCCGUAUAUGACUAUCUCUGCCCUCCAAUGGUACCCUACGCAAAUCAAUGGAUACAAAUUCAGGGGCCGUAAUGCGGACUUCUUCCAACUCCCGGAUGCCCUGCUGGCAGUACCAGCAGUCUCAACCGCAGAUUGUGCCAACCUCAGCAGGAUUCAGCUGACAGAGUUUAGAACUGAACACUGGUUUCUCACCAAUGAUACAAACACUGCUGUCAGUGGGAAGGUGUUCUCAGCCAGCCUCCAGGGCAGAGGGUCACGACCCCUAGAGGAUGGCAAUGAGGUGGUGUAUCGUAUCCACACCCCCGGCCAGCAAGUUAAACCAGGCCGGUCUCUGUGCCUUCUCUGGAACCAGACCACUUCAAGCUGGUCAUCAGAUGGUCAGUACUGCAGGGUUGUGAAAGAGAGUGGGAAUUAUGUGGAAUGUGCGUGCUCCCACUUGUCUAUCUACGCAGCCCACGCUGAGUUCGCCGUGCUUGCAUCCUACAACGAGGCCUUCUAUGCCUCAGGAUUUAUCUGCAUCUCAGGCUUUGCAUUGGCCAUCAUAGCCCAUGUGCUGUGCUCCCGUUUCCCCAUGUUUGCUGCCAAACUGCUCACUCACAUGAUGGUGAGCUGCCUUGGAACUCAGAUUUGUUUCCUGGUGUCAGCUUUCCGUGGCCGAAUGUUCUCAGAGGACAGCUGUGCUGCUCUGGCGCUCUUCUCGCACUAUUUCCAUCUCAGUCAGUUCUUCUGGAUGCUCAUUCAGGCGGUGAACUUCUGGCAAGUUUUGGUGAUGAAUGACGAGCACACAGACCGUCGACAUCUUCUGUACUUCAUACUGGGCUGGGGUCUUCCUGGUCUGGUCAUCAUCGUCCUGGUCAUCGUGUUGCUCGGCGGUUUCGGGUGGACCAUACACGCCGUGUAUGGACAGGUGCAAGGAGACGUGUGCUUUAUCCCAAACAUCUAUGCAGCUCUGUGCACAGCAGUGCUGGUGCCGCUCAUCUGUCUAGUUGCAGUGGUGGUUGUAUUCAUCCAUGCCUACCAGGUUACUGAUCAAUGGAAGGCCUACGACGACAUUUACCGCGGACGGACCAACAGCACAGAGGUGCCGCUGGUCCUAUAUCUAUUUCUGCUCAUUUCUCUGGUCUGGCUUUGGGCAGGACUCCACAUGGGCUACAGGUACCUGUGGAUGCUCAUCCUCUACGUCAUCUUCAACUGCCUGCUGGGCUUGUACGUAUUUGCAGUUUAUUUCAUCAUGCACAACCAGCUGUUCUGGCCCACUAAAGCCAGUUACACAGUGGAAAUGAGUGGCCACGAUGGUCCCGACUCGACCUACCAGGGAGGGGGACCCACCACUGUCGGGGGUGACAUCAGCAAAUCAACUCAAAAUCUCAUCAGCGCCAUGGAAGAGAUAUCAGCAGACUGGGAGCGGGCGUCACUGCGGCCCACAGUUCAGCCCAGCAGUGUGUUUAAACCCAGUCCUGUGAUGGGGUCGUACACCACCGAGGGAGGCUUCAUCAACACCAACCUGGUCACCACAGACGAGGAGUCGCAGGAGUUUGACGACCUCAUAUUUGCCUUAAAAACUGGGACCGGCCUUAAUGUCAGUGAUAAUGAAUCCAUCCCUGGAAGCCACGACGGAGGAAGUGUAACCAAUUCGCAAAUAGUUGAGCUCAGACGAAUCCCCAUCGCCGACACACACCUCUAACCUAUUCACCUCACACAGAUCCAAUGUCCUCUGUUCUUCCUAUCGGAAAGAAAAAAAUUACAUGGCAGUAUUUUUAUAUUGUAAAAUCCUUUGCACUAAAACAGUUUUUUAAAUAGAUUGUUUUCAUAUAGGUGUUUGAUACUGUAUGUGAUUUUUACUGUACAUCCUGUUCACAUAUAUACAUAUAUGUUUUACUAAAUUUAUUUUUUAAAAGUCCUUGAUGGAGUUGUUUUCUGAAUGUAUAUUUUGGGUUUGAUUUUUUGUUUUGUUUUGUUUUCUGUAGAGCUCUAGCCAGAUAUAGAAAGCUGUGCCCCUUUAGCACAACUUCUGCUGCUGAGGAUGGCGAUUGUGUAACAUUGUUAAUAAAUAAUGUACCAUAUAUUUUA